GCCAGUGCCCUCUUCUGCCCAUGGGGACCCUCGUGGCCAAACUGCUGCUGCCCACCCUCAGCAGCCUGGCCUUUCUCCCCACUGUCAGUGUGGCGGCCAAGAGGCGUUUCCACAUGGAGGCCAUGGUCUACCUCUUCACCAUGUUCUUCGAGGCGCUCCACCACACCUGUGAAGGGCCCGGCCUGUCGGUGCUCUGCUUCCUGCGCCAGGAUCUCCUGCAGUACUUCAGCAUCUACGGGACGGCGCUGAGCAUGUGGGUCUCCCUGAUGGCGCUGGCCGACUUUGACGAACCUCAGAGGUCAACGUUUGUGAUGCUUGGCGUCCUGACCAUCGCCGUGCGGACCUACCACGACCGCUGGGGUUACGGGGUGUACUCGGGCCCCAUCGGCAUGGCCGUCCUGGUCAUCGCAGCCAAGUGGCUGCAGAAGAUGAAGGAGAAGAAGGGCUUGUACCCCGACAGGAGCGUCUACGCCCAGCAGAUAGGCCCUGGCCUCUGCUUUGGGGCGCUGGCCCUGAUGUUGCGCUUCUUCUUUGAGGAUUGGGACUACACCUAUGUCCAUAGCUGCUACCACUGUGCCCUGGCCAUGUCCUUCUUCCUGCUGCUGCCCAAGGUCAACAAGAAGGCUGGAAACGCAGGGCCCCCGGCCAAGCUGGACUUCUCCACGCUUUGCUGCACUUGUAUCUGAUCACACUGCCCAGCUCCAAGCCCUGCCCUCC